UUGUAGGAGCAGUUGUAAUCAUGAUCUUUGCUUAGUAGUACUAAGGGGGCGUUUGGUCGGGGGUCUUAAGGAAAGGGAAAGGGAAUGGAAAUAUCCCAUUCCCUUUGAUGUUGUUUGGUUCCCAUUUUCAAUGAUUUUCUUUCCCCCAUUUAAGUUUUAGGUUUAUCCAAAUGAGGUAAACCUCAUUCCCCACCUCCCCCUUUACUUUGCCAUUCCAUUCCCUCCCUCAUUCAGCAACCUCUCCUCUCCAAACCCUACUGCUUGCUUGCCAUUUUUCUCCUUCCUCGCGCCUCCUUCCUCACCAAAAUCGUUGGCACCUCCUUCCAUUCGUCGCGCCUCGUUCAUCUUCCUCAAGCUCUCAUCUCUUCCUCGCGCGUCCUUCCUCCUGCUGUUGCGCCUUUAUUCUUACUCUCGAUUUUGCUCCCGCCAUUGUCAAAUGUAAGUUAGUUGCUGAUUUCUCACUCUCGUUUCCUUCACUGCUGCUAUUACUUGCUGCUGUUCAAUCUCUGAUUUCCUUCACUCUCGUUUCAUUCAAUCUCUGUUCAAUUGCUGUUCAAUCUAGUUGAUUCUCUGUUGAAUCAGAUUUGUGUUCUUUGGAUUUAAUGUUGGGUUGUUGAUUAUUACUUAUUGCUGGGUUGUUUAAUGUAUGGUGAUUAUGGUUGAUUUAAUUGCUUGAUUUAAUUGCUUGAUUUUGCUGGGUUGUUGGCGUGUUAAUGCCACUGAUUUAAUUGUUCUGGUGAUUAUGGUGAGGAAAAUUUUGUCAUUGAAUUCAGAGGCUGUUUGUUUUUGAUAAUGUAUGAUGAGGAAAAUUCUAAUAAUGAUGAUUAAUUCACAUAAUCCUGAUUAAGAGGCUGUUCGUUUUUGGAUUUGGGUUUUUUUGUAUGCUGUUUGUUUGGUUUUGAAGAAUACAUGGAAACAAGCUACUUGGUACUUGUUUGAUGUUCUUAUUGAUGUUCAUUUCUACAGAAAAUUAGCAUUGAUACUUCUUUGAAAAGGAAGAGAAAUUGGGAGUGUAUUCGGUUCAUAAUUACUAUGAUUAAUUGUGUUGUGUUGCUACAUUUGAUGUUGUACUCGAUGAGAAAAACUAUAUACGAUUCCCAUUAUCUUAAGCUUGAUAAAAAACUAGGAGAAAAAUGAGAUUGCACAACUUGAAUAGAAUGAUUAGAGAAAGUGACACUUUGUGUAGGAACUAUCUUCGUAUAAAUCGAUACACAUUUGGUGUACUUUUAGAGAUGGUUAGAGAUAUUGGUGGAUUAAAUGAAACAAGAAACACAUGUUUGGAAGAGAUGGUUGCGGGUUUCUUAUACACAUUAGCUCACCAUAAGAAAAAUAGAAUGAUGGGUGCACAUUUUUAUAGAAGUGGUGAAACUAUUAGUAGCCAAUUUCAUGCUUGUUUGUUAGCAAUCUUAAAGUUACAUGCUAUUCUUCUUAAGAAACCAACACCAACACAAGAGGAUUGCAACGAUGAAAGAUGGAAAUAUUUCAAGAACUCAUUAGGUGCCCUUGAUGGUACAAUGAUUCUAGUGAAUGUUCCUUGUGAUGAUCGAUCCAAAUAUCGGAGUAGAAAAGGUACCCUUGCUAUGAAUGUAUUAGGAGUAUGUUCACCCGAGAUGGAAUUUAUGUAUGUCUUACCUGGUUGGGAGGGGUCGGCACACGAUGGUCGGAUUCUUCGAGAUGCUAUUUCUAGGCCUAAUGGGUUGAAAGUUCCAAAAGGUUGUUAUUAUCUAUGUGAUGGAGGAUAUACUAAUGGAGAAGGAUUCCUUGCACCCUAUAGAGGGCAUCUUUAUCAUCUUAGAGAAUGGAAUAAUGGCCCCCGACAACCCCAAACCGCCGAAGAAUAUUUCAACUUAAGGCAUGCAAAAGUUAGAAAUGUGAUUGAGAGAUGCUUUGGAUUACUCAAGGGAAAAUGGGGGAUUCUUAGAAGUCCUUCUUGGUUUAGUUUACAAACACAUGGUCGAAUUGUACUUGCUUGUGCUUUAUUACAUAAUUUGGUAAAGAGAUACAUGCUUGUAGAAUUUGAUGAUGAGGACUUGUUUGAGGAAAAUGAUAGUGAUGAUAAUGAUGGUGAUGAUAAUGAUGGUGAUGAUAAUGAGGAAGAUGAUGUGGAGUACAUAACCUCCAUUGUUGUAACCGAUCCAUGGACGAAUUUUCGAAAUACAAUGGCCCAAUAUAUGUUCAAUGAUUGGAGGGCUAGACAACGCAGACUUACUUUGUGAUGUUAUUCCUUUUUAUUU